AUGAGGAUUAUGAUAGAGUUAGUUACAAAGACUCAACCCGAUGAGUCCAAUGCAAUAUUGGUUGUAAUUAGAGAUGAAAAUGCACCAAAAGCAACUGCAAAUUUGUAUUCACAAGCACUUAGAAGUUAUAAAUUAAUUAAAGACUAUCCAAUCGAAGAGCUAUUUGCUUUGCCAUUGGCAAAGGCUUGUACAGAGGAAUCUGUGGGAUGA